AUGCAGGCCAGCCUGUCAUCCAAGAACGGCAACAACGGUAACAACAACAACAAUAACAACAAUAACAGCAAGACCAACGCAACCACCACGGUCCUCGACUCCAUCGACGCCCGCAACCGCGACAUCCACUGCCGCCACUGCUGCCCCUGGUGCCCGCCGCCCCCGCCGCCGGGCCACUGCGGCGCCGACUGCGCCCUGCUCGGGCCCGGCCUGGACGGCGAGAUGGACCCGGAUGGCUUCUAUCCAAACUUCUCGUCCGUGUCCAACACGAUGGGCCGGAGCAGCCCGCCUCGUUCCUCCAACUCGGACGACGACGGCGACGACGACGACGACGACGCGAGCUUCAAGAGCACCUCUUGGGAGGCGGAGGCGGCGGCGGGCGCUGCGCACAUGUGA